CGAACUUGUACAAUACGUGCAGCCGUGAAAUUUGCUUUCUUUUCCUUUAUCCUUCUUACUGCUAGGCACUGCUGCAUUCUUCAUCUCAAUACCACAUUUUUAACAACACGAAAGAUUGCAACAAUGGAUAAUUCCAUCAACGACGGCAGAGUGUCAUUUGACCCUGGAUGGAAUGAUCCACCAAAGAUCUCCUUUAAUAGUCAACAAACGCCUCCGAUACGACCUCGUAACUUUUUGAACAAAAGAGUUGCCUUUCCCUUGUCAGGGGCUAACACUAGCCCUGCAAGUGCACCCCCCGUCAACUUGCCACCCAUGCCAUCCGGUGCGCCCACCCCACCGGUUCCACCAAGUCUAACUCAGAGAGACACGCCCAGUAACUCUGACAUAAGCAUUAAUAGUGAAAGUGUUCUAGUGGAGGUGAAGACUCUCCUACUAGAGUUAUUAGAAAGCAGCAGUGAGCUGGGAGCCAAAGCACAUGAUAUAAGAAGAAGGUUAGAUGUAAUGGAACUAAUGUGGAUGGAUGGAAAAUUGAAUCUAGAAGUACAAGCUCAAAUGAAGGAGCUUGCCCAUGCUCUACGGGAUGAUGAGCCUAAAAAAGCAGAUGACAUCCACAAAGCUCUGAUGGUGAAUGAAGUGAGCAAAGUGGGCACCUGGAUGCCGGGAGUCAAACAACUAAUUCAUCAUUCCAUAGCUCGAUCUGAGCUGCUCUCUAUAGACAAAGAGUGACAUCUGUGCCAUUAUGUAAAAGAAAGAGUGGCAUAGCACUAAAUGAACCGUAAAACCACCGCAACUAUAAGCCAGUCCACAAAUUUAACACAAAAUCAUGUAUCAUAACCAAUCUUUUUGUUCGUACCUUGAGUUUAUUCAUCCUUAAUUAUCAAAAUAUUUUGCGUCAGAAUUGUGACAUUCAAAUAAUAUUUACAUGUUAAGAGUUGGGAGCCUACGGGCUUCUAGUUGGGCGGUUUUACUGUAACUUAAAAAGUCAAGGCAAACUUUCGAUCUCCAGAAUUCAAAAAUUCGAAGGAUUACAUAGCCAUGUUCAUCAGUAGCGGAUUUGCUGUCUUACUCAACUACUAGCCGCCCCAUCAUAUAGACCCAGAGUAUAGAGUAUUUUCAGCACCCAUCAAUAGAGUAUAUAGACUGCUGCCCUAGACCCCGCCUUAAGGCAAAUCCGCCACUGUUGUUUGUUAUGGUUUUAUAUAGAUACAUAUUAAGUAUAAUAAAGAUUGUUUAUAUUUUAAUUGAUAUGCAAUAUAAUUGUUGAAUCAUAAA